AUGGCCUCCGCCAACCUUAAACUCUGCUCUCUGGCUGCCUUUGCUCUUGCGAUUGUGCAGAUAACAGUGGCAGGUGAUCCAGAUAUCCUUUUUGACUAUAUUGCCCCAAACAAUGUCGAUGGGAGCUUCUUCACCUUCACUGGCUUUCGUGCCAUUACAGAACAGCCGCCACCCCAAAGCUUUAAGGCCACAAAGGCAAGCGCGGUAGAGUUUCCUGCAGUUUUUGGACAGAGUGUCUCUUAUGCUGCCCUACAAUUCCCUGCUGGCAGCAUCAAUCCACCUCACACCCACCCUCGAUCUGCUGAGCUAUUGCUUGUGGCUCAAGGAGCCUUGCAGGUAGGGUUUGUAGACACCACCAACAAGCUCCUCACUUCCACGCUUCAAACAGGAGACAUGUUCGUGUUCCCAAAGGGACUGGUUCACUUCCAACACAAUGCUGACAAUAAUCAGACUGCUCUGGCUCUCUCUGCUUUUGGAAGUGCCAAUGCAGGCACUGUCUCCAUCCCCAAUACUCUGUUCAACUCCUCCAUUGAUGACACUGUCUUGGCUUUGGCCUUCAAGACUGAUGUUGGCACCAUUCAGACUUUGAAGAAGGGCUUUGCUCCCAAAUGAGCUUGAUCGAUGGGGUUCACCGGCCGUAC